AUGGGCUUCUUGGGUGUUGCACUGUGCCUGGGCGUGCGCUGUGAGCGGCACCUGCCGCCCCGGUACCCGCCGCCCCCGUACCCGCCGCCCCGACGCAAUCCCUCCUGCAAUCCUGCGGGACUGACAAAUGCGUGGAGUGACCGCUGUAGUAGCCUCGCGCAAACAGACUACACAGACAUACACAUCCCAGGGUGCGUUCGAAGGGGAAGGAACUGCAUAAAGGCUCCAUUGAGGAGCUCCCAUUCACUGCGUGAACAAAGCGCCGCUGUGAACCUGCCUCGCGUUCCCAAAGUUACUACGGUGCAGACAAGGGAAUGGGCUGCAUGCCGGUACCUUCUCAACACAGAAAGGGCAAAAGAGACACAACCUUUUCUCUCCAAGGACCGCGUGUGCCAGCAGCCGGGGCUCUCCCUCUGGGUCCCCUUCCAGAACGCCGCCACCGCCGUCACCAACCUCUACAAAGAAAGUGUGGAUGUCCAUCAACGAAGUUUUGAUGUAGGAAUUCAAAUUGGCUAUCAGCGUCGGAAUAAGGAUGUGUUAGCUUGGGUCAAAAAACGCAGAAGAACUAUUCGCAGAGAAGACUUGAUCAGCUUCCUAUGUGGAAAAGUUCCUCCUCCAAGAAAUUCUAGAGCUCCUCCAAGACUGACUGUAGUAUCCCCUAACCGAGCUACUUCAACAGAAACUAGCUCAUCUGUAGAGACUGAUUUGCAGCCCUUCCGUGAAGCCAUAGCUCUGCAUGGUCUUAGUGGUGCAAUGGCUAGUAUAAGUGUUCGCUCGAGUACACCAGGCUCUCCUACUCACGUGAGCAGUGGCUCCAAUGCUAGUCGAAGGAGAAAUGGACUCCAUGACGUUGACUUGAACACUUUCAUAUCAGAAGAAAUGGCACUCCACUUGGACAAUGGUGGAACUAGAAAGCGUACCUCAGCCCAGUGUGGCGACGUCAUUACAGACUCACCAACUCAUAAACGCAACAGAAUGAUCUAAACUGCAAAAAUUUCAAACCCACCAUGCUGCUUGAAAGCCACUUGAUCCUCAGAGUACUAUUGAAAAGGAAACGUGAGGCCAUCUUCCCAUAUUCACUGUUUAAGACAAAUGAAUUCAAUAAUUGCCAUAAAGGAAAUUUUAGAUAUUACAUUAGAUGCCUCUUGUAACUGCGGCUUUCUUAAACUAUAUUCUUAGCAGAGGACAUCAGAUAUUGUGUAGUAGUUAGCAAGAUCAUCAUAGGCAAACAUGUAUCCGUUCCAAGGCUAAAAGUGACCUUACUUGUAUUCUUAAAGGGAAAGGAAAUUUCAGAUGUUUAUUUGGUUAUAGAAUGCUUUUUUUUUUUGUCCUUUAUUUCCUGCUGUGUUGAGUAUUUGCUUAAACAGUAUUGCCAGUUUGACUGAAAUUGUCUACAACUUGACUUGGCAUCUUUGUCAAAACUGCAGGCUUCCAUUUUUGCAGCACUGUACCAUGCACCUAGUUUCUAUAUAGUAACAGUGUGCAAGUUAUAAAUAUUGGACUGUACCCUUUUUAGUUUUAAAAGCAGUUGAUAAUUCUGGUGAUUGUGUGAUAAUGUAAAGAGGUGCUACGAUGGUCAUGCAAUUAAUACUUAAUAUUGACUCAAUACAAGGAUCUUUAUUGGGUUUACUUUGUGUGUUUUAGUGCUCUGAAGUAGCAAUAUUAAACUUUUCCCCAAUUAACUUGAUAGGCUUUUAAAUCUUCAGUUUGAGAAAGUGUAUGUACUUCUUGGUAUUAUCCUUGUGGUAACCAUACACAGUGCAGACUGCACCAGUGCUGACCUAAAUUUAGAGAAAGAUGUCCUGUAAUUGGAAAAUAGGCUUUUCUGUUCAGUAUUAGUGAAGGGUAGGUUUUGUGUACGCCCGUAUCCCAUUUUACAUUUCUUGUGAAGUAAUUGCCCAUUACUGGGGAGGGGUGGGAAAAGAGGGAACGAGGGGGAAUAGUU